AUGCAGGCGAUCAAAUGUGUCGUUGUCGGUGACGGCGCCGUCGGCAAAACUUGUCUUUUGAUAAGUUAUACAACCAAUGCAUUUCCCGGCGAAUAUAUUCCGACGGUAUUCGACAACUACUCAGCAAAUGUUAUGGUAGAUGGUAAACCGAUAAAUCUUGGAUUAUGGGAUACUGCUGGUCAAGAGGACUACGAUCGGUUACGUCCUCUUAGUUAUCCGCAAACGGAUGUUUUUCUGAUUUGUUUCUCACUUGUUAAUCCAUCUUCUUUCGAAAACGUACGUGCGAAGUGGCAUCCCGAAGUCUCUCACCAUUGUCCAAAUGCUCCAAUAAUUUUGGUUGGCACUAAACUGGAUCUCAGGGAAGAUAGUGAAACAGUGGAAAAAUUGCGGGAUAGACGUUUAGCACCUAUCAGUUAUUUGCAAGGUGUAGCAAUGUCAAAAGAAAUAAACGCAGUAAAAUAUUUAGAAUGCUCCGCUUUAUCUCAAAAAGGACUGAAACAAGUGUUUGAUGAAGCGAUUAGAGCCGUGCUUUGUCCGCCACCGAAACCGAAGCGUUCGAGGAAAUGUACUUUAAUUUAA